CUUCGAACGAUCCCAAGCCCGCGAUGAGCCAUGAGCACCACGAACCUCCAUCGUCCUCUCCUCUGUUCUUCUCUCUCCCCUCCCGGCCGCCCUUCCCGGCGCCGCCGGAGCCUCCUCCUCCUCCUCUCCUCCCCCUUCCUCCCUCUUCCAACCUCCCUCGCCGCCUCCCCUCCGCCGCCCUUCAACCCUGUCUCGGAGUCCGAGAAGAAUGCCAGCGCCGAGCUCUCCCUCCGCGUCGCCGAGGCCGUCAGCCUCCUCGACCUCGCCCGAGAUUUCCAGGCUCACGGUGACUUCUCCCGAGCUCUUGAUUCCUUCUCUCUGGUGAUAAAAGAUUACAAGGACUUGGCUUUUACGGAGUACGCUAGAGUUGGAAGGGCUUUAGCGUUGUAUGAAGUCGGUGAUCGAGAUGAAGCCAUUGCUGAGAUGGAGGAUGUUUCCAUAUCUCUGAAGGGCUAUCCAGAGAUUCAUGCAGCUCUUGCUGCUGCAUUGUAUGCUGACAAGCAUUCACCAUUGCUUGCUGAAAACCAGUUCACAAUUGCCACUCUUUUGGAUCCUCAUUACACUGACAUCUCAUAUGUGAGAGAGACCAGGCACUGGCCUCCCAGCUUGGUUAGUUCAUUGCAACACUUCAUCACACUCACAUAAGCCCUUUUUGUCUUCAGUUCUGUAUCUCUACUCUUCUUGUUCAUACUCCUGCUGCAUUUCUUAUGCAUAAAAAUUUCUGUCAUGUAUCUCACUGUGGAGAUCUUCAAUACAAAUGUUUAUAGUCAUGUGUAUAUAUAUAUACAUGCAUAAUAUAAACAGUUUGCUCCUUC